UGUCAGAAAUAUCUGCAACACAGUAGUUCCUUCAAUUAUUACCGGAAAUAGACGGUCGUCGUCCGGUUUCUCGAAACCCUAUGCUCUCCAGAGAGCUCCCAAUGGAGAGAAAGAUGACUGUAACAUAGAUUUGUUGUCGUGUGUGUGAGAUGUUAAUUUGUGCGCGUAAGUGAGUGAGCGCGAGCGAGCGUCUCUGUAUGCGUGAAGUGAGCAACACAACCUCCAUAGCAUAACCUCAAUUUCUUUUUUUUUUUCUUUUUUUCCGUCUUUCCAUCUAUCCCUUCACGUAUCUCUGCUAACCUGCCAUUUUUGCAGCAGUAGAUGAUCCUCAUAACCUUUCAUUUCGUCACCACUACCACUUCUCUUUCACUCUUCUCUCUCUGUUUUUCCUUUUCUUCGUCUUCAAUCUUCCCUCCUAACUCUUCUGUUCUCUUGUUUUGUCUUUAAUUUUUACUUUUUUAAUAUUUUGCUACUCUCAAAGGGUACGAAUACAGACCUUUUUUUUUUUUGGCUCUGUGUAGCUAUGGCGGAGGGUUUUGAGCCCUACCAUGUCCCACAGCAAAGUAGAAGAGAUAAGCUAAGAGUUGUGGCUCAAAACCAUCCUGACCUUCAGGGUUGUACUGGGUUACUCCCUCUGUACGAUCCCUCACUUCUCUCUUCAGAUUUGCUAGCUUGUGCUAAUAACUCUCUCUCGGGUGUUAGUGAGGCCUGUAAAGCAAACGGGGUUUCUGUGGUUAAAGAGGAAGGUGUUAAUUUAAUGGGGUUUGUUGCUGGGAUCGUAAAUGCUGCUUCUUCUCCUUCUUCCACUACGCAUCAUCCUUAUUUGGAUCCGCAAUCUUCUUUGCCUAUAAAUCCUAGCUCAAUUCAAGAUAUUCAUGCUAACCCUUUUCUUUACGCUUCUCAUAACCUUCAAAACAUGAGAGACUUUGAUCAGCCAUAUAAUGGUGGUAGUGAAGCUGCAGCGUUUAAACCAGAACCCUUGUCUUUGGCUCAUGAGUCUAAUGCCACUGGCCAAGGCUUGUCUUUAUCUUUGUCUUCUCACAACACCCACCAAAGUAAUAUCCCUUUAGAGCUUAAUUUGCAAAGAUACGGAUCUGCAGUUUACGGUGAUAAGGUUACUGCUGGCGGUGGUGAUGGAUAUAUAGUUCCUGGCAUUGUUGGAGGCAGUAGCUCGACCUCGAAUGAGCUGUCUAGAAGUUCGGUCCCUCUCGGGCCAUUCACGGGAUACGCUUCGAUUCUAAAAGGAUCAAGAUUUUUGAAGCCUGCACAGCAGCUACUUGAAGAGUUUUGUGACGUGGGUCGGGAAAUUUACAGCGAGAAAAUCACGAUGGAUGCGUCUUUGAUGGAUCCUCCUGUGGAGUGUUUGAACGCAUGUGGAAUUAUGGAUGAUCCGCUUAAUUGUGGGGAUGGAGGUGAAAGUCGGAGAAAGAAGUCAAGGCUAAUUUCAAUGCUAGAUGAGGUUUACAGGAGAUACAAGCAUUAUUAUCAGCAGAUGCAAGCUGUGGUGGCUUCCUUUGAGUGUGUUGCUGGGCUUGGCAAUGCUGCUCCAUAUGCAAACGUGGCCUUGAAAACCAUGUCUAGACAUUUUAGGUCCUUGAAGAAUGCAAUAACUGACCAGCUUCAGUUCAUUAAGGGUCAUGGUCAGCUGAGCCAUGGAAAAGAAGAGGCUACGAGGUUUGGCAACAUUGAUAGAGGCCCAUAUUGCCAGAGGUCAGUUCAGAACUCAGGAUUCAUUGAGCACCAGCCUGUUUGGAGACCUCAGAGGGGGCUUCCUGAGCGUGCUGUGACUGUACUUAGGGCAUGGUUGUUUGAACAUUUCUUGCAUCCUUAUCCUACAGAUACAGACAAGCUAAUGUUGGCGAAACAAACUGGUCUAUCACGGAGUCAGGUUUCUAAUUGGUUCAUCAAUGCAAGAGUAAGGCUCUGGAAGCCAAUGGUGGAAGAAAUAUACAUGCUGGAAACACGGCAAGCACAAAAAUCUUCACAAAGGGUGGAACAAAAUGCUAACAAAUCAAGUGAUCAGGUACAUCUUUCAAACUCCGUUGCAUCAGAUGACCCGUCAGCCUCCAUCCAAAGGGUUCAAGACAUCCUCUCAAAGCGCACUAGAAAUGAUCUUCCUGAUUUACCUCCGGGGAAUGAGGAAGCAUUGAAUUUGUCUUACAACAGUAUGUCGAGCAAUCCGCCUGUAGGAGUUGGUAUAAGGGCAGCAGGUGGAAGCAGCAGUGUUUCCUUAACACUAGGCCUUCACCAGAAUAAUGGGAUAGGUUUGUCAGAGCCCUUCCCUAUGAAUGCAGCACAACGUUUUGGUCUCGGUCUUGAGACAAGUAGCGAGGGAUUUGUUAUGGGGAGUUUUGAAGCACAAAAUCGGCACUUUGGAAGGGAUGUUAUUGGAGGGCAACUUUUGCAUGAUUUUGUUGGUUGAAGAGGUUUGAUGUGAGGAACAGUCUGAGCAUCAGUAUUCAUGCUAACAGCCUUAUUCCAGAUGUGCUUUUGUUGACUAUCAGAGCCCAACUUCAAACAAAAUGGUCAAAUGCUAGCCCUCAUGGUGUAACAAGGUAUGUUCAUUACAUUACAGUGUAUGUGAUCUCUUAAUAUUGUGCCUAAAAGAAGGAUUGGUGUAAAAUUCUUCUGUAAAUGUAUAAUUAAAUGUGAAGAAAUGAUACCUUGGUGGCAAAAUCAUCAGUAGACUGGUAUUAGAUAGUGGAUUCCAAUGUGAAUGAAAGCUCACAUUUUACA